AUGGUUAUCCAUAAGCUUCUCUUGAAGGUUGUGGUGCUUGGGGCUUUAUUGGGUUCUUACUACAAUCGCAUAUCAGAAGCUGCUGAUUUGAUUACGAAGCCCGGAUGCCGAAGUGCUUGCGGAGCCCUCUCGAUUCCAUAUCCCUUUGGAUUAAGGGACAGCUGUUCCAACUGCCGCAUCGAUCACCCAUCUUUUACUAUCGAUUGUGACAACUCUACUGACCCUCCCAUACCUUACAUGCAUAAAAGUAGUAACAUUGAAAUACUCGACAUUUCUGUCGAGGACCAUGAGAUGCGAGUAAAUGUUUCAUCCAGUCGAAAAUGCUAUAACUCUUCUGGGCACGAUGAGUCUUCGAGCAAAUAUCCGGUGCGCUUCCGAACUAAUUUCCCCAUAUCCAGCACCAAGAACAAGUUCAUCGCUAUUGGUUGCGACACGUUGGCCUCAUUUCGAGAUCUUGACGAGAAUUUCCAUUUCGGGUGUACGUCUUUGUGCAGCAACGUUUCAGAUGUCAGCAACGGGUCAUGUUCCGGUGUCGGUUGUUGCGAGAGGAGCAUCCCCAUGGGUUCCUUCGGCUACGAGAUCUUUAUGAGCAGUUUUUCCCACCAUAGCUACGUCUUGGAUUUCAAUCCUUGCAGCUAUGGCUUCGUCGCCGAAGUUGGCUUCUACAACUUCUCAGUUAGCGAUCUUAAGCAGCUUAAAUUUAACCAAUCCACUCUAGUUCUCGACUGGGCAAUAGGGAAUCAAACAUGUGAGGACGCCAAGAAGAACAACGUGAGCUACAUGUGCACCAACAACACCAUUUGCAUCGAUGCUGAAAAUGGAUCCGGGUACAAGUGCGGUUGUAAAGUAGGUUACCGAGGCAAUCCUUACCUUGCGAAUGGUUGUCAAGAUAUUGAUGAAUGUGUGGACCUAGAGAAGACCCCAUGUUUGGGAAAAUGCCAUAAUGUUGAAGGGAGUUAUACGUGCUCAUGCCCAAAAGGUUAUCAUGAUAAUGGCAAGAAGGACGGUGGAAAUGGACAGGGGUGCAUUGCCAAUCCAUUACAAUUGAUGGAGAUUUUGGUUGGUACAGCUGACAAAGAAACUUCUUCUAAGUAUUCGCAAUUAAGAUCAAUUGUUGCUAUUCUUAAGGCGUUAGAGGAUAAUGAGGAUGUUAUUUCGCGGCUUUUGGCUAAACAUGGUUUUGAGAGCGAAGAGGUGCUUAAUGCAGAAAUGCAAAUUAAGUAUGAAGAAGACAUGGUCGAUUUUGAUGAUAUUAUCGAUGCAUAUCAACCUGAUACUGAUGAUGAUGUUGAAGAAGAAAAUGAAGCCGAAUGA